AUGAACCAGAUUCGCGCCAUCCAGGCGCUGAAUAAGAAGGAGAUUGAGAAUGGAAUCUCGCCCGACGCCUCUUGGCACGUCGAUUAUCGCGACACGGCGUAUGUCUACUUUGGUGGUCUCCCGUACGAACUUUCCGAGGGAGACGUGAUUACGAUAUUUUCACAGUUUGGCGAACCGGUAUUCCUCAAACUCGUGCGCGACAAGGAAACGGGAAAGUCAAAGGGUUUUGGCUGGCUCAAGUACGAAGACCAGCGUAGCACAGACUUAGCUGUUGACAACCUGGGAGGCGCGGAGGUUGCUGGGCGCUUGCUCCGUGUUGACCAUGCGAGGUACAAGGCACGCGAUGAUGAGGACCCUGAAGAGUUCAAAGUCGGAUGGGAGGAUAUCAUGCGCAAGGAGGGAAAGCAGGUGUCGGAGGAUGAGAGCAGCGAGGACGAGAAGGAGAAACGACCAGUGUUGCCACAAGAGAGGGAGCUUGCGCUUUUGAUUCGGGAUCACGAUGACGAUGACCCGAUGAAGGGCUUCCUGAUCGAGGAGAAAAAGAAGGAAAUUGAAGAGGCGCGCAGCAAGGCCGACAAGAAAGAGCACAAACAUCGGCACAGGCACCACCACUCGCACAGGUCUAAGCGAGAUGAAAAGUCAGAUCGAAGGCGGGAUGAGAGGCGGGAUGGAGAGUCAAGGAGAUCACGACGAGAUGAUUCACAAGAGGAUGGGACUCGGCAUCAUCGUGAUAGAGACUCUGCCCGACAUAAACCCAGGGACGAUUCGAGGAGUGGGAAGCGAAGACGAAGACACGAAGACGAGGAUGAGGAUCGUGAGCGACGACGACGGCAUCAUUCCCGUGAACGUUCUGACGAGCCACGACACAGGAGUCGAAGAGAUGACAGGGACCAGGACCGGCAAAGAAAGCCAAGAGAAAGA